GAGAGAGAGAGAGAGAGAGAGAGCAAACUCUGCAUUCAUCAGUCGUUUGCUCCAUUCAGCUGUACUGGGUAUGAAGAUGACUUUUUAAUGUGGGAUGCACACGAAUCCAGAGGCAUAACAACUUGUUCGGGACCAACAGGAAGGUGCCGUCGAAGAGUGACGUCUCCUGGUUUCUCCUCAGGCGGGAUAAGUCUUUCUCAUGAAGAACUGGAACAUACUGGAUUUUGAAUCACUCAGGUAAUCGAUUAUUUGGCUAUAUUUACAGUCCAGAACUUGCCUUAUAAUAUUAUCUGGAGCUGAGGCAGUGACACCCUGCAUGCGAUCGUGUACGAGAAACUUUGGUCAGCACCUGUGGGAGUUUACAGACCUUAAGUGACCCUGGUUUCUGGAUACUGUGAUCUUUUGAUACUGCUCAGGUGAAAGAGUGUGCAAACGAUGGUUGAAAGUGUGGGUGAGCUCAUAGGCUUUUGCCUGGGCUUUGUGGGUCUGAUUGGGGCAUCAACCGUCACGGGUCUCCCCAUGUGGAAGGUGACCGCGUUCAUCCAGGAGAACAUCAUCGUCAUGGAGACACGCUGGGAAGGUUUAUGGAUGAACUGUUACCGCCAGGCCAACAUACGCAUGCAGUGCAAAGUGUACGACUCGGUGCUCUACCUGCCUCCCGAACUCCAGGCUGCUCGAGGUCUGAUGUGCUGCUCGGUUGCGUUGAGCUUUCUGGGAUUGGUCUUUUCUGUGCCAGGCUUGCGCUGCAUUUCCUGUUUUCCUGACAAUACAAGGGUUAAAUCUCUGAUUAUCGUAGUCGCUGGCUCAAUGGAGAUCAUGGCUGCCAUUUGUGUCCUCAUUCCUGUAUCCUGGACAGCUCAUACCAUCAUCCAGGACUUUUAUAACCCGCUGUUACUCGAUGCUCAACGCAGGGAACUUGGUGAAGCCCUUUACAUUGGCUGGGUCACUGCAUUCAUCCUCUGCGCCUCUGGUGUUGUCUUCCUUGCAUGCCGGAGCUACCAAUCAAACAACAAUCAGCCUGUUUAUGCACCUUAUAGAUUAAAGACAACACAUUUCCAAUACCCCACUCCAACGCCAAGCUCAAUCAGCUCAAUUUCCCAUCAGCCCCUGCUCCUGAAUCACCACAGCUUUUCUUCUCAGCAGCCGUCUCCACUGGUGUACAACGUCCUUGCGACACCCCCUGGUGGACAAACACAACUCUACAAUGUUCCUGUUGUUUAUCCUGCUAACAUCAUGCCUGUUCAGCAUCAUCCAUCUCUGCACAGCUCGCACGACUCAAGGAGAAUCUCUACUCACUCGAGUCUUCGUUCCACACCUCCUGCUGCAGGGUAUGAUGGGAACUUUGGCACUGUUGUACAGCCCACUUUCCCUUUUCCUACGAUGUACAACGAGAAGAAUACCGGAUCACCUCAGCACUCCAGUACACACUCAAGCUCAGGAGUGUAUAUUUGAACACAAAGCUUAAAUAAACACAUUCUGUGAACAUAAUUCUGUAAAAAUUAGCACUAAGACUUUAAAUUCAUUAGCUAUCAAACACUAAUAAAAAAUAAAUCGUUGAAUCGAUC